GCUGUUGGCAGACAGCAGCAGCGAUGGCAACACUCUACCCCUCCCUGGAGGACAUGAAGGGCCAUCAGGUCCUGCAGGCACAGGCAGCAGCUGGGGUGAGGACCCCCGCCACCACAGUGGUCACCGAGAAGCCGAAGCUCACCUCGGGCACUGAGCCGCCUGUACUGUACCCCAACCUAGCCGAGCUGGAGAACUACAUGGGGCUGGCGCUCUCCAGCGAGGAGAUCCAGAAGAACCUGCGCACGGAGGACAGCACCGCGCUGACCCCCGCCGGGCCCUCCCCAGGCCAGCUGGUCGCUCCCCUGAGCGGGAACAACGCGGGGAUGCGGCGGGCAGAGAUCAAGCCGGGCGUGCGGGAGAUCCACCUGUGCAAGGACGAGCGGGGCAAGACGGGGCUGCAGCUGAAGAACGUCGACCAGGGCAUCUUCGUGCAGCUGGUGAAGGCCAACUCGCCGGCAGCGCUGGUGGGGCUGCGCUUCGGGGACCAGGUGCUGCAGAUCGACGGCAAGAACUGCGCAGGAUGGAGCAGUGACAAGGCCCAGCGCGCGCUGAAGAAGGCCAACCCCGAGAAAAUUGUCAUGGUGGUGCGGGACAGGCCUUUCCAGCGCACCGUGACCGUGCACAAGGACAGCACCGGCCACAUCGGCAUAGUGGUGAAGAAGGGGAAGAUCGUGUCGCUGGCCAAGGACAGCUCGGCCGCCCGCAACGGGCUCCUCACCCACCACUGCAUCUGCGAGGUGAACGGCCAGAACGUCAUCGGCAUGAAGGAUAAGCAGCUCACGGAGGUGCUGGCAGGGGCUGGGAACGUGGUGACACUGACCAUCAUCCCCACCGUGAUCUACGAGCACAUGGUCAAACGGCUCUCAUCAGGGCUGGUGAAGUCAUCCAUGGACCACUCCAUCCCUGACCUGUGACACCAUCACUGCUGUUCUGGGGAGCUGAUGCUGGAAGCCCAGAGGGCCCGCUGAGGGGACCCCACAGCACCUCCAAAGGAGCUAUUUUAGCACAAAACCCCUUAUCCUGGGUGGUUCUUCCUCUCCUCAGCAGGGAUGGGGCAGAUGUCUUGUACCAGGGUCCCGUUGUCCCCGUGUCCCUGCUUGGGCCACCCCCCCUCAGGGCGGAUGCCAAGGGCUGGCUCCAGCCAAAGCAGACACAGACCCAGACGUUUAUUACAUCCACCACAGAGAGCGAGUACAGGACAGGGGAAACAAGAAG